AUGAUAACUGCAACUACAUCUUCAACAAUAGCAACCACCACUACUUCUCCAGAAAUAAAUCAUAUUGUACCUCAAUUGGAGCAUAAUCACAAGUCUUCAAUGGCAUCUUCUAAUGAUACUUUUUCAAUUGCUAAAACAAUAGCUUCACCAACUACAACUCAACCUUCAUUAAUUGUUAAAGCUUCCAAAGAUUGGGUUUUACCACCAAGACCUAAACCAGGUAGAAAACAAAAAGAAAAUACCACCACAACCACCAAUAAAGAAUCAAAACCUAAAAAGAAAUAUGUUAAAAAAUCACAAAGAAAGAAGGAACUACUGUCAUCACUAAAUUCUCAACAACAACAAGCACUUCAUUGCCAUGAAGAUUUGUCAGCCAAUAUCGACGACCUACCUUCAUUAAUGAAAAACAUUUCCAUAAUAGAUUCAGAAAAUAUGGAAUUGAAAUCUCAUUUAUUGAGUCUAAUUCAUGAAUAUAAACAUUUGAAAGAUAUUGUGUUUAAACAACCAAUAGAUAUGUUUUCACACAACACUACACCAAUCUCAACAACAGCAACUACUACAACAACAACUACACCUACAGCAAGCACUACCACCACCACCACUACUACUACUAGUACAUCAACGACUACCCCAGAGGUAUUAUCAGCAAUUUCUUUACAACCUUCAUUAUCAUCAGUAUCAUCGAGUAACAACAACAACCAAGAUGAUCCACUUCAUCAAUAUUCAUCAAUUCCAUCUCCUGGCUCACCAAUGUCAUCAAUAUCUACUCCAUUACCAUCAACUACCAACACAAACAACAAUGUAACCGAUGGUUCUGUGUCAACUACCACCACCACAACAUCAGUGGGAACACCAAAAUCAUCAAUUUUUGCUAAUCCAUUAACCAUACUUAGUGGUAGUACCAAUGUUAAUGUCAAUGUCAAUGGUGGUGUUUCUCGUAAUACAAUUCAUAUUCCAUCGAUAUUAAAUUUAGAUUCAAAUGUUCAUAAACGAUCAUUUGAUGAAUUAUCAGAAUUUAUUGAUUAUUCUGAAGGUUGUAGUGGUAGUGGGAGUGAUGGAGAAGGGGAACUUAUUCUGGAUCUUUCUCGUACUACUUCAUCUUAUAGUGAUCAAUAUUUGAUGAAUGUAUGA